CUCGUCUUGCAAAGAAACCCAACCAUGAAUUGCGAGUGACAGAUAAUCAGCUCAGACGGAUAUCCGAAGACGGCAGCGACAUAUGUGAUGUUUGCCGCCACCCUCCGCGCUCGAACCCCAGCGGUCCUUCGUCGAUAUGGCCAGCUUCGAUUCCAAUCCACGCUUCCACGGAAGCCCCGACGAGACUUGUCCCUACCUUUCGAUCCGGUUCCUACUCCCCCGGGCUCCCACCGCCGCGACCGGCCACACCAACUGACGCCACUCAGAGUGCGAUAGAAAACGGCUGGUACAGCUACUGGAACAGUCGCGGUCUGUUCGAACCCCGCAAAGAUGCCGAUCCCACGAAACCGGCGAUCCGGAUGCUCCUGCCCCCGCCGAAUGUUACCGGAGAGCUACACAUCGGUCAUGCGCUCAUGCUGUCGAUUGAGGACGCUCUUGCCAGGUACUACCGGAUGAAUGCGCACCCGGUUAUCUGGGCGCCUGGGACAGAUCAUGCCGGUAUCGCUACGCAGUCGGUGGUUGAGCGGAUGCUGGCGACACAACGCGGCGAGUCGCGAAAGGAAUUGGGCCGCGAGAAGUUUGUGGAGGAGGUGGAGACGUGGCGUGAGAAGUACGGAGGGCGGAUAUUGGAGCAGAUGCGGACACUCGGAACGUCGACGACGAAUUCGAGGGAAUAUUAUACGCGUGAUAAAGGAUUGAGUGAGGCCGUACAUGCCGCGUUUGUGCGCUUGUGGGAGCAGGGGUUGGUGUAUAGAGAUACGAGGAUGGUCAAUUGGAGUGUCAAACUUCAGACUGCAGUGAGCGAUAUCGAGGUUACCACCAAGGAGAUUUUGGGCACGGAGCCGGUGAAAGUGGAUGGAGCGGAGUUUGGAGUGCUCCAUAAGUUUGCCUUUCCGUUUGUAGAGGGGGAGGGCGAGAUUGUGGUUUCUACGACGAGACCAGAGACGAUUCCUGGUGAUCGAGCGGUGGCUGUUCACCCCGAUGACCCACGUUAUAAGGAUCUCCACUACAAACUCGUCCGCCAUCCUCUCAUCUCCGACCUCACGAUCCCCAUUAUACCUGAUGCCGACCUCGUGGAUCCAGCCUUUGGCUCCGGCGCCGUCAAAAUCACCCCUGCGCACGACGUCUCUGAUUACGCAUUCUGGAAGCGCCACUCAUCCCUCUGCACAUCACCUACACCCAAAUCUUCUAGCUCCGAAUCAGAUAUCAAAAAGCUACCCAUCCCCCUCAUCUCAGUCUUCGACUCCUCUGGCGUGAUGCUGCCCGCCUGCCAAGUUCCCACCCUCAUCGGCUACGACCGCUUUCACAUACGCAAGCGCGUCGUCAAACUUCUCAAAGAUGCCGGCGCCUACAGAGGAAAAGUACCGCAUGAUGUACGCCUACCGAUGUGUGAGCGUUCUGGCACCAUCAUCGAGCCCAUGCUCCAGCCGCAAUGGUAUCUGCGAAUGAAACCUUUGGCAGAGAAGGUGAAAGAAGUGGCAGAGAGGGAUGGGCUCACUUUUGUCCCUGGACAGCCUAGUCAAUUGCUGUGGGACCAGUGGCUGGACGGGAUCCAAGAUUGGUGUUUGAGUAGACAGAUCUGGUGGGGGCAUCGGAUUCCAGCAUAUAUGGUCCUCGACCCUGGAGAUCAGAUUGUGCGGUGGAUUGCGGCGGAGAGUGAAAACAUCGCCCUGGGGAAACUUACUGAAGAAGAAAAGGCCGGUGGGUUCACAAUAAGACAGGAUGAGGAUGUCCUCGACACCUGGUUCUCCUCCGGCCUUCUCCCUCUUUCCACCGCUGGUUGGCGUGGAGGUGAGGCCGAUCUCCCCGGCUGGAGAGACAACUACCCUCUAACAUUCAUCGAGAGCGGCGGUGACAUCCUGUUCUUCUGGCUUGCACGGAUGGCCAUGCUCUGCACGCACUUCUCCGGCCAGCUACCCUUCCCGGAGAUAAUCCUGCAUCCCUUAGUUUGCGACUCCACCGGCCGCAAGAUGUCCAAAUCCGUCGGGAAUGUCCUCGACCCGCUCCUGAUCGUGACAGGGCGCACUCAACCCGACCUACUCACGGACCUGCACGCCACGUACGCAGGGCAGCUCUCUCUCGGCGGAACGCAAGCCGCCGACGCAACCAAAGAGCUGCGCAAAAAAGUUGUCGAAAUCCGCAAGGCCUUCCCCAACGGCAUCGCGCGCAGCGGCGCAGACUCCCUUCGCAUAGCACUCCUCGACUACACCCGCCAGGCGCGACAAAUCAACAUGGAGCUGCGCCACGUUGACGUCUUCCGGAAGCUCGCAAUCAAAAUCGACAAUGCGUUCAAGUUCUUCCACGAGUCCAGGAAGCGCGCGCCAUUCGCGAUCAAGGAAGCUGUCCCGAUCAACGAGCUGCUGCCGCAUGAUCGGUACCUCCUGUAUCACCUCCGCAUCCUCGUUGAAACCGUCGACACCGCGAUGAAGAAUCGGAGACCCUUCGAGGCUACAGAAGCUAUCAGGGCCUUCGUCUACGAUAUCUUCUGCGGCGUCUACAUCGAGUUUGUCAAAACCGAGGUGGCCCAGGACGCUGACACGGCAAGGCGGGACAACGCGAUGAGUAUGCUCCAGGGCUCGCUCGAUACUUUCCUUCGCCUCUUGCACCCGUUCAUGCCCUUCCUCUCCGAAGGACUGUGGCAGGAGCUGCGGCCGGCAGAGAGGGCGGCCGUCGACGGCGUCAGCAUCAUGACUGCGGCUUGGCCGAGUGUACAGGAGCUUCCACUGGUUGAGAGUGAGGAUGAGAUGGUGUUGAGGGUGAUGGGGGCAGUUGCGAAGCUGCGGUUGUUGGAGAAGGGCCAGGGACUUGUCGUAGUUAGGGCGAAGGAUGGGGAAAUGGAGAAGUAUCUGCGGGGCGUGUGGGAGACGGUGGAGAGGAUUGGUAAGUUUAGGGCGUUGGAGGGGACCGUGGUUGGGAUGCGGCGGAGAGAGGGAGAGGUGGAGGUGGAGGGUACAGCGGAGGUUAUUGAUGUGUAGAUGUGCGUAUUGAUAUCAUGUAGGAGAAGAAUUGGAUACGAAUGAAACACGCCUUGAGGGC